CACAACAUCCAAUCGAUUCUUAUCCAGAAGAUCCGAAAUACCCCACCAUCAUUUAAAAUGAAGUACCUCUUCGUAGUUGCCCUUAUUGCCUUGGCCAUUCAGUGUGCCUACUGCGCAACCGGAACAACUACAACCACAACAACUACAACAACCGCUGCCUCGACCACAACAACAACCACAGAUGCAACAACCACGACCACAAGCUCUUCCACCCACAAGAAGCGUUGUUGGAAGGGCAACAACUGGUGCCACACCAGGAUUCCCAAGAAGAAGUGCAAGCACCCCAGAAGGUGCCACAAGACCGUCGUUAUUGUAACUCACAGGAAAAAUUAAUCAGAUUCCUUGGACUUUAUGCCUGAAUAAACAUAUGCAUAGCAACAAUUUUAAUUA